GUUGCCAGAAGUCAGGACAGUCGGCGAGAGCUGAUGGCUAAAUUGCCUGAAGGACAGUAUGUCUUGUGCCGUUGGACUGAUGGGCUUUAUUAUCUUGGGAAGAUUAAGAGAGUGAGUGACGCUAAGCAGAGCUGCCUGGUGACCUUUGAAGAUAAUUCCAAAUACUGGGUGCUUUGGAAGGACAUUCAGCAUGCUGGUGUCCCCAGUGAACAGCCUGAAUGUAACAUUUGCCUGGAGAAAACAUCGGAGCCUCUGAAUGAGAUCUUGAUCUGUGGGAAGUGUGGAGUUGGGUACCACCAACAGUGCCACCUUCCCCUGGUGGGGAGCCUCGAAGAGUCUUUGGUGACCCCCUGGUUUUGUCGGAGGUGUAUCUUUGUACUAGCUGUGCGGAAAGGCGGGGCCUUAAGGAAAGGAGCCAUUGCCCGGACUCUGCAGACGGUUAAAAUGGUCCUGUGUUACAACCCGGAACAGCUGGAGUGGGAUUCUCUCCACAGAACCAAUCACCAGCAAUGUUACUGCUACUGCGGUGGUCCCGGAGAGUGGUACCUGAAGAUGCUGCAGUGCAUUCAGUGCCGUCAGUGGUUUCACGAAGCUUGCCUGCAGUGCCUGAGCCACCCCAUGCUCUUUGGAGAUCGAUUUUAUAUUUUCCACUGCACGAUGUGUAAUCAGGGACCAGAGUAUCUCAAACGCUUGCCUUUGAGAUGGGUCGACGUCGUGCACCUGGCCAUCUACAACCUGGGUGUGCAAAGUAAGAAGAAAUAUUUCAACUUUGAGGAGAUCUUGGCCUUCAUCAAUCACCGCUGGGACUACUUUCAGCUUGGCAAGCUGACUACAACCCCCGUGGCAGAGCGAGGACCCCUCCUUCUAGGCGCACUGAACAGUUACAAAAGCAGGUUCUUGUGCGGGAAGGAAAUCAAGAAAAAGAAAUGCAUGUUUCGCCUCCGGGUUCGAGUCCCCCCGAAUCCUCCCAGCAAAAUUAUCCCGGAUAAGUUUGCAGGACUGAGCGAGACAAAGAAAAGGGGGAAAGUCAAAUGCUCCCACACAAGCAGUUUGCUGCCACAGCAAUCCCAGCACGAACGGAGAAGGAAAAGGCCCAAAUUCCUCUUGGAGGAUGCCAUUCCCAGUAGCGAUUUUGCCUCGGCUUGGAGCACCAACCACCACCUGGCCUGCAUCUUCGAUUUCUCGCUGGAUGAAAUCCAGAGUCUAAAAAGCGCAAGUUCGGGCCACGGGUUCCUCUCCGAUGUAGACUCCACCGACGCCGCCAGCACCUCGGGCUCAGCCUCGACGAGUUUUUCCUUUGAAUCGAGCAGGACAAAUGUCGGGAGCCGGAAGCGCAAACUGUCGGCUAAAACCUAUGCCCCAUUCGAUGCCAAACAGAAAUGCUCCGAGCGCCUCCGCAGGCUUGUCCCUGGCUGCUCCGUGGAUGGCAGUGACCGGGCCAGCAGUCCAGAUCGCCCGGAGAACGCCAUCGACUGCCAGACCUUGGAGAGCUUGAGCGAGGACGAUUUAUCCCUCUCUCACCUCCAGUCAUCCAUCAGCAGCUAUUUCGGAGCCACCGGCCGCUUUAUUUGCGGAGAGAAACACCAAGUGUUGGCUCGGAGGAUCAGCCCAGAAGGAAAAGUAGAGUAUCUCGUGGAGUGGGAGGGCAGCACGCCCUACUGAUGCGUGUUGGGGUCCGGCAUGGGAAGCCAUGUGAAGAGAGGAACAGGGUGGGAAUGCAGCCAGGGAAGAA